GAUCCAUAACCCCUCAAUCUCAUGCUGCCUAGGUGAUUCCUGGUACUGCAUUAAAGACCUCGUGUCCAAUCAGCGACGAGUUUCAUGAUGACACCUUGGGAUUCCGCGAAGUAGUUUCUUUCAGAAGAGAUGACAGCGACACAGAGUUGAUGCACUUAUGAGGAAAGAAGGGAAUGACAGUACGCAAAGUUCCACGCUUUGUGAUGUAGUUCAAAUAAUAUUGGAAAUAGGCACCUGGAUGUUUAUACGAUAAAUUGUGCGUGCAGACGCAAGCGACACACGCUUUUAUUCUUCGCUUGGAACAUUAAUCAUCCCAGUCACAUUGGGAAAGACACGUGUAGGCGUGAAGCCACGUUUUCCGGAGUCAUCUGUUUCCCGAUGCGCAUAUGACGAGAAUCCCGCUCCCUAAGUUUUAGUGUGUUUAAAUUACAGUAGCAGCUGAUUUCUCCAUUUCCAGGACAUUUUGGGUAGGCUAACUACAAUGACGGAGGCUGAUACUGCAGCAAGGUCCUUAGGGACGGUCUCAAACGGUGACCGCUCAGACAAACUAGCCGGUGAGGAGGGAUCUGAAGAAAGUCAAGAAAGCCGGACUCUGUUAAUGGUCGCAAAGAUUCUGCUGGACUUAAAUCAGUGUAUCCCGAUCGGCAUCAGCGGCAAAUGCAUUGUGAACAGUGAUGCGGACAAUCCACCCGGCGUGAAGGAAAACCGGGAGAAAUGCAGACAGAGCUCGCGCAGGGGGAAAAGGACACGGAACCGCGACAGAUUGCGUGUAUCCGCUGAGAAGAGACACUGCUGUCCCUAUGCUGGCUGUGGGAAAAUAUACGGCAAAUCGUCCCAUCUUAAGGCGCACUUCAGAGUACACACGGGUGAGAGGCCCUUUCAGUGUACCUGGCCAGGCUGCGCAAAGAAAUUCUCACGAUCGGAUGAAUUGACGAGACAUUUUCGCACGCACACCGGCGAGAAGCGCUUCACGUGCCCGCUCUGCGACAAAUGCUUCAUGCGAAGCGAUCACCUCACCAAGCAUGCCCGCAGACACGACGGCUUCCACCCCAGCAUGCUCCAGGGUCCCUCCGGGCGAAGACGACACUCUUCAACGUCCACAACGUCCUCUGGCUCCAGCGAUCACGUGUCUGCUGGUGUUUGAGCAACCACGUGACCCCUCCAAUGCACAUUUUGGAUGUAUCUCUUUCCUGAGGCUCAGAUCUCAGAGCUUCUGUUAUUGAGCUGAUGAUAUGAGAUAACAGAGGUGUUAUACAUAACGGAGAUGCUGUACUGGAGUUCUCCAUGGACUUCUCAAUGGAAUGGACAGUAAUCAUUUGGCAGAAACAAUGUAAUAAACAUUUACUCUGAGGAUUAUUUCAAAUAUAUAGGGGUAUUUAUAUCACAAAUAUGACAUUGAUUUCAAUACAGAGAAGCCAGGGGAUUUAUUAGACAACCACUGUGACAAAGGGAAGUGAACAUAUUUUGAAUAAAACUAUAUUAUGCGUGCUGAAACCGACGCAUUUUAUUUAUCACUUUGAAGUUUCAAAUUUGCAGUGGUCCAAUUAUUGGAAGUGGGUUUUAAAAUGAUUGCUAUGAAUGUUUAUCGGUUCUUUUGUGUUAUUUACGGGGACUGUGGUUGAUUUCAGUGUUGCAGAUGUGAUUUUAAUAGAUGGGUACUUAUGAGAUAAAUUUUGCAUUGGUUUUACACACACAAACAA